AUGCGAGGAUUAAUUUUGGCCUCUCUAGUCUGUCUGGCUGUGGCUUCCGCCUGGGCUGGAACCAUUGGGGUUUCCCAGGGCGAUCCCUUCGAGCACGAAGGUCGCAUUGUGGGUGGCGAGGACACUACGAUCGCUGCCCAUCCCUACCAGGUUUCGCUGCAGACCAAGAGUGGCUCCCAUUUCUGCGGAGGCAGCUUGCUCGACGAGGAGACCGUGGUCACGGCUGCCCAUUGCCUGGUGGGCAGGAAGGCCUCCAAGGUGUUUGUCCGCCUUGGCUCCACGCUCUACAAUGAGGGUGGCAUCCGGGUGGCUGUUCGCAAUCUGACCUACAACGAGAACUACAGCUCCCAAACCAUGGAGAACGACGUGGGCAUCCUAAAGCUGGCCGAAAAGGUUCAGGAAACCGAGGACAUUCGCUAUGUGGAACUGGCCAAGGAGACUCCGCAAACGGGAACCACUGCUGUGGUCACUGGGUGGGGUGCCAAGUGCUACUUCUGGUGCAUGUCCCUGCCCAAGGUGCUCCAGGAAGUGUAUGUGAGCAUUGUGGACUGGCGUACCUGCGGCUCGGAUGCCUAUAAGUACGGCGAUAUCAUCUACAAGAGCAUGGUGUGUGCCUAUGAGAAGAAGAAGGAUGCCUGCCAGGGUGACUCCGGUGGUCCCUUGGUGGUGGGAAAUAACACCCUGGUGGGCAUAGUGUCCUGGGGUUAUGCCUGUGCCUUGGACGGAUUGCCUGGGGUGUAUGCCGAUGUGCCAAGCUUGCGGGAAUGGAUCUUAGAGAAAGCCAAAACAUUGCAAUAAAUUCGAUAAUCAGUGGGCAUA